AUGAGUACGACCUGGCGUAAGCCGGAGCUCAAAGAACAGAUGCAGCUGCAGUUCGAGGAACAGAAUGAGCCGGAGCUCGAAGAGGACACUGGACGGGAGGUCGAGGAACACACUCAGCCAGGUGACAGCGAGCUCCUUGCUGAGACUACCGAGCGAGCUGUGACUUGCAGCGAGGCAAAGGCGAAGCGUAUCUGCCAGGCGAAAGUUGCGGAGCACGGACUCAACAUGGAGACCCUUGGUGUAGAAUGCCAACUUGGUUACAAAAAGCUGACCUCCUACGACUUCGCCGAUCCAUGCAUCAGCCUCAACGAGCUGAUGACGGAUCUUUUAAGGUCUACAAGACUCGCGAUGGUUGCCGGCCGUCAAUCCUGCCCUCACAUUUUCAAGAAAGCUGACUCCGAAUACCGCGCCCAUCAGACCGAGAUCCAACCCUGGAUCCACUCUCAUUCAGACCCUUCCAACAACACCAAGCCCACCAAGCUCUACCAAAGCUUCCUCCGAAACACCUUUCAACGUCAAGCCCAGCCAACAACCUUCCACUCCAUGACCCCGAGCCUCAUCCACCUCUACGUCGACCGCUCCAACUGCACCACAACGCUCGAAUCGGCCACGCUCCUCGCUCAAUCGCCUAGCUGCAAUGCCGACUCACUACGUCCGCAACAAACCUCGAGUCUUUCGUGGCAUAGCCUCCCCUCCGACACCCCAAUGACCACAGCCUCGGCGCCCCCGUCGCUCAAGGUGUCUCGCUGA